UCCCCCCGCCACUCUAUAAACAGGUUGGGGGGGAAGUAUCCACAGCAGUUGGGAGUUUGGAGCAGUUACUCUGUCCGUGGCUUUUUUGAGUUUUUUUAACGUCUAGUUUUUCUUUGUACGUUUUAAUUUUUUGUUAACCUAUUUGUUUUGACCUAAAUUUGGAUUAUCUUAUGUUAUCAUCUCCUUCAGUAUUGGGGGGGACUUUUAUAAAUAUACCGAGGCAUCUCCCACCUACAGUGUAAAUCUCCAUUUACUUACUGUUCUCUUCCUCUCCGUUAUCACACAAAGCCCCCCAUCAUGUGGGAGUUCCGCUCAUUCUCCUUUUGGAGAGCCGUUUUUGCUGAAUUUUUUGGUACUAUGUUCUAUGUUUUCUUUGGCUUGGGUGCAUCUCUGAAGUGGGCAGCUGGCCCAGCUAAUGUAUUGGUUAUCGCAUUAGCAUUUGGUCUUGUACUGGCCACUAUGGUCCAAUCUAUUGGCCAUGUCAGCGGUGCUCAUAUUAACCCAGCAGUCACUUUUGCCUUCCUUAUCGGCUCACAGAUGUCCCUGUUCCGUGCCAUUUUCUACAUUGCAGCACAACUGCUGGGAGCAGUAGCCGGAGCUGCCGUUCUGUAUGGUGUCACUCCUGCAGCAAUCCGUGGCAACAUGGGCCUUAACACGCUCCAUCCUGGUGUGAGUCUUGGCCAGGCAACAACAGUAGAGAUUUUCCUCACCCUCCAAUUUGUGCUCUGUAUCUUUGCCACCUAUGAUGAAAGGAGGAAUGGACGCUUGGGUUCUGUAUCUUUGGCCAUUGGAUUUUCUCUCACUUUGGGACACCUCUUUGGGUUAUAUUACACUGGUGCCAGUAUGAACCCUGCCAGAUCAUUUGCUCCAGCAGUACUCACCAGAAAUUUCACCAAUCAUUGGGUCUACUGGGUUGGCCCCAUCAUCGGUGGAGCACUCGGAGGUCUUGUUUAUGACUUCAUCCUCUUUCCAAGAAUGAGAGGGCUGUCAGAGAGACUUUCAAUCCUUAAAGGAGCUCGACCUGCGGAGCCUGAAGGCCAGCAGGAAGCAUCAGGAGAGCCUAUAGAACUGAAAACACAAUCUCUAUAAAUGAAACCUCUGCACAAUUACAUAGUGACACACAAGCAUUCACACACGCACACAAUUUUGACCUAGUUAGCGUAAUAUCCGUCAUGGAAAGUGUGUUGGGGGGUCGGGUUAUACUUUGAAAGAUGUUUCUUUUCUUACCAGGCUGUGGGUAUUGUGUUGAAAUAGAGGCAAAUGAAGCGGUUAAUGUGCUUGACUUUCUCAUCAAAGUUGGGAUGGGGUCGUUUAAAGGGGUCAAACAACUCAGGGGUAAAAUAUAUUUAUAUCACACAGAAAGGUAUUUACAGUUCAAACUAGAGGGAUUCAUCCUCCCUGCCACAAAAAAUUUUUAGCACUGAAGUUGAAACCAGAUGGUAAUACAGCUCCUAAGUGCCUUAUUAACAUGUCAGCUAUAAGCAUUUAAUUAGAUGUAAAGGUCCCCAUCAAACUUCCAAACCACCCGCUUAACUGUGCCUCUAAUGCUGCUGUACAUCUCAGACACAUUAUUUUCUUUAUAUUGCGUUUUACUUUUUGCUGGUUUAACGAAAUGUUUUCUUUUUUGUGUUUUAAGAAGGUGGAGAAGAAUAUUGUACCAAAACCCCUUUUCUUUUAAAAUGAACUCUAUUAAAAUAUUCUGUAGGCAUCUUGUAACAGGAAAGGCAUUUCCCCCAUUAACUUAUACUUAUGAAAUCCCUUUGUGUGGUAAUGUUUGCCCCAUAAUCUUUAACAUAAAGACUUCCAUAUUUAAUGCUGCUCAGGGUUAGUCAUCCACCCUGUACAUAUUUUCCUUCCAAUAUGUAAGGGACAAAUGGGGUUAACAACCCUUGAUAUAAUUGAAUGGCAGCUCCUUAUUUUUAAAAAGGCUGGUAUGGACAUUUCAUGUGCAACAUCUGCCCUUUAUUAAAUGUUUAAAAACAAAAAUACUAUAACUGGAAAAACAUGUCAACUGUCUUGGAUUUCUCACAUCCAAUAUAUCUCUUGAUCAAGUUAUCUGUUUUAAAGCUGCUCUCUUCUUUCUUAUACUGGUAAUUAGUUAGGAACAAAUUAUAUUUUAGUAUGGAGAAUGCAGCUUGGCCGAUUUGUUUUAUAAAUAAUGACAUGACAUGUUUCUUUAAACUUGAUUAAUGUAGCUAAUAUUAUUUGGUUUGAUCAUAAAUGCAAUUGAAAUUUGGGGUAAGUAGGUGUGUCUCUUAAAACUGAAUUUCAAUUUAGGUAUAUUAUUAUUUAUUACCAAGCUGCAUUGUGUUUAGGUCUGAUCACAUUGUUUAUUAACUUAGCCCAGAAUUCUACUUUGUGUUACAUAUUUCCUCAGAAUCAGCACCUGCACAAUAUACAUCUAUGUGACAUAUAUGUUUACUGAAUGUGAGGUAAUACAAAAAUCAUACUUCUGAAUAUAUAUAUAUAUAUAUAUAUAUAAAAUCUAUCCCCAGGGUGCAUGUCAGUAAAUAGGAACCUUACAGAAAUAUUGACAUUUGGCACAGAGUGAAAAGUUUUUAAAUAUUUCAGUCCCAAAGUGGUUAGCGAAUGAUUUCAACCACAAUAUAUACAACAUUGGGCAGUUCAGAGUCAGAAUCAGUGAAAUUCUGCUGUAUCUGGUGAAUGCAAUUUAAACGUGAUGCAUUGUAACAGGAUAAUAAAUAAAAAAAAAUUUAAUUCAUAUCACCUAUUUCAUGUUCAUGUAAAACCCCUUUGGGGCUUUUAAGGCUGCAACAUGUUUAAAAGGUACCCUUUAUUAAUAUAGGCAUAAUUACCGAAGCCAGUAUGAACAGCAGUACGCUUAUUACAUUAUAUCUAAUGAUGCUGCGCUGACCAGCACUGUAUAAGGUUUACAAUCAAUGUGCCUUUGCUAAACUGCAUACAGAUCUACAUGGCAUAAAUGCUAAAAAAUGUUAGAUAGAUUUCUGAAAAGAAGAAUUAAGAAGAUUUUAUAGAAACCAUUUACAUAAGCAAUAUAGAAUUAAUUAAUAUAGCCAUGAUAACAUUGACGGGGCAAUACUGGUAUCCGUGUUCAUCCUGUUUUUGAACAAAAUGGCUCCAGUGGAAAGUUUUAGGUUAAUAUGGGUAUAAAGCUGAGGUGUCAUAUAAAUAUGUCCAACUAAACUGUAACUGCUGCACCUCACUGCUCGAAGCUAAAGCCAGAGUCAAUUUGCAUAUAUGGAUGAGGCAGCGUGGCGUUUAUAUGUAUGGGGCUUGGGUGGGUGAUAAACAUCUGAUUCGUAAGCGAGUUGAAAGUAAAUGUGCCUCUUCUACUUCUGGCACAAUAGAAAUAUUAAAUUUAAUUAAGGCAGAUACUAUGUUGAGACCAAAGGCUACAUUAUAUGGCUUCUAUGUCAAUGAAUCCUACAAAUAAAUUCAGAGUAUAUAUAUGUGUGGCACUGGUAAUGGUUGCAAAGCCAAAUGGAGCAGGCCUGAUAUGUCUGCAAAUUUUAAGAUUUGCAAAGCAUACAGUGCAUUCUCAAGCACAAUACCCUGGCAUUUUCACUGCUUUGCUGUGGACGAAUUUAGUACAACAAAUCUUAAUUUAUAUUAGUUUGCUCAGCAUAUCUUUCAAGUUCUGUCUAGUCUGCCUUUAGGAGCUUUUCAAAUAUCAAUGGCAAAGGGAGCAAAAGAACAAAAAGUGACAAAAUAUGUUUAUUUUUAAGUAAAUAAUGAUAUAUUCAACACCAGGAAUCACAGGUACAAGUAUACCAUCAUAAUUAUCUGCAUAAAUAAUUUACUUAAUUAUAAAAUUUAAUUCAAGAUAAAAUGCGAUGUUUACAAAUUUUAAUAUGUAUAUAAGUAUAGUUAAUUUUUGCAUUCUUUCACUGUCAGUGUGGUCAUUUGUUCACAAAUUAUGUAUGAUAAAUAACUUGUGGAAUCUCAUUAAAGUUGGUUUUGACUACCUUA